CGAAAGUUAAUCUACCUAAGUCUGAAGAUACAUCGCAAUAUUUUUCGCGCGAAAGGAAGAAGAGGGGCGGGGAAGGGGGGCAUCCCUUCGCGCACGGCCCUGGGAGAGUGCGCCCGUCCCCUCUGCACAAUAACACGAACGAGACGUUCGCCAUAUCGUCGGGAGUGCUGACUGGUGAAUUACGGUGCGAUUUGUUGUUGCACGCCGCAAAAUCGGGUUGGCGAAAACGCCGUCCCGUCGACUUGACGUCCGUCGAAUUCAGGACGCCUCGUUCGAGCCGGGGGUCUCGCGACGUCCCGCUAAAUCACGGAAAUCAAAGUACAAAUUGACAUACAACAUGGAGCCAAUGUCACAAGAUAAAAAAGAGGAAGCGAAAGCUAAUGUACACGUUAUGGUUGAUAAAAAUAAAACGACAAAGGAGACAGAGCUGACAGAGAAGAAGAAUUGUUCCUCAUAUCAGGAUCACAAGGAUAUUUCUAAUGACAAACCAAAGAAGACAGUCACGAAAAUCAAGACGAAGAAAACUCGUAACGUAGGUCAGACAAGUUAUGAUCCUACAAAGUUAGAGGACAGUCCAACCCAGGUACUGGAACGUUUCAAAAGAGGCUGCGAGUGCAUCGACGAUCAGUGCUUUAAGGAUUUAAAUCCCGAGGUGGUUUAUCGGCACAGAUUGAACAUUGCGGAACUAACUAAGGCUGAGCACGACAUGUAUUUAAUGGGCGUGACGAUGGCCUGCCUUACGGAUCCCUAUCAAACCGCUCGGCAUACGGAGCGACGUAGAUUACGCGCGCAGUAUGUUUAUCAGGGUCGACGAGUAUGCUUGGAUGCUUUUUUGUAUCUAGAAAACUGCACGCAUUAUCAGAUCAAGCGGAUCCGAAAGCAUCUGAUGACGCAUGGCGUGACACCGCGCGUGCAUGGCAAUCACGGCAAGGUGCCACACAACACGUUCUCGCUGGACAUAUAUAAGAUCGCGACAGAAUUCCUGAAAAAUUUCAUAGAACUGCAGGAGACAAAGCAGAAGACCAAACUCACCAAGAACGCGCCGUUGCAUCUACCGUCAGACGUUACGCGAAAGACCGUGCAUGAUCUGUACACGCAAUAUUGCAAAAAGAUAUCGCCUAAUGUUAAAAGUAUGGGCUACUCGACGUUCCGGCGUUUCAUGAAGGUGCAGUUUCCACAGGUAAAGUUUGCCAAACUUGAGUUUAUUAUGAGAAACCAGACCACGCAAAAUCAAUGCCAGACCGAGACCGAUGCGAGAGACGAUACAGGUCAACUUGGAAAAUCACCUAAGUCAGAGUUAGAGGCGAAAGGCACAAUAUUACCGUUGAUGAUAACCAGCGAUCUAGGACAGAACGAGACCUACGUGUUGACGCCUAUCAGAAAAUUGCAGAACGGCGUGAGUUAUCAGGUCACUACACGUGGUCUGAUAGUUAAAAGUCCUACUAUCACGCUGUCAAAAACAAUAUAAACAAUAUAACAUGGAAGACUGUAAAAGCGAAUGGUGUAAAAAUUUUAUACGAAUAAUACAUUUAUGCAUGUAUGUACAAUACAAACGUGAUUAUAUGCCUAUCUUGCAAGGCUCUAAUUUUUUGAUAA